AUUAGUUCCGAAUGCGGUUUAGGCAGUCAUACGCAAUAAAAUACAUUAUACAUUGCCUUGAUAUUGACGUUAUUUAGAUAUAAUGACAUUCUAUUUUUUUUCGUUAAUACUAUUUAGUUUACAUUUAUAUGCGACAACAGCUGCGCAAAAGUCAAAUCAUCAAUUCUUAGGAUGUUUUUUGGAUACAGAACUAUUAACUCUUGGAGAAGAGAGCCGUACCUUAAAACCAAUAUCGCCUCAUGCUUGCUCCACGUUUUGCUCCGGGAAAAAAUAUUUAUUUUUUAUUCUUAAAAAUGAGAACUGUUAUUGUAGCAAAAAUUAUAUAUCAAGACUAAUGAAACAGUUUGAUAAUGAGUGUACGAUUAAAUGCACAGGAGAUGAAUCGGCUUCGUGCGGUGGAAAAAAUUUAGUGUCUUCAUACAUAACAGAUAGUUCAAUUUCAAAGAACUUUGUUGGACAUGGUAGUUUUCCAAUACCAAUUUAUUUAGGAUGCUACGCUGAAACUCCAAAUGACGACGAAAAUCGUAUAUUAAAAGGACCAGCUGGGCCUUAUAAUAACAAUACGCCUCAAAAAUGCUUAGAAAUAUGUUUCAUGAUGGGCUACUUAUAUUUUGGAAACACAUAUGGAAAGGAGUGUUGGUGUGGAAAUCAAAAACCAUUGAAGUCCGCGAAAGUAGAAAACGUUAACUGUGAUACUCCUUGUAGUGGAGAUAAUAGUCAGUUAUGUGGCGGGGGGUGGAAAAUGGCGAUGUAUUCAACUGGAAUCACUGACUAUACAGCAAAAAAUUAUGUUGGAUGCUACGAUAGUAAUGAUGAUGAUGAACCUAAAACCAAAGAAAAGCGUAUAAUAUUUGAGAUGAAUACAAAUAAUAGCCCUAAACGGUGCAUGAAUCUUUGUAAUACUCAACGAUUUAAAUAUGCUGCCACCAAAGAUAAAGUCUGUGAAUGUAUGAAUUCCGCACCACGUCAUAGUUUAAAAAGAAGUCAGAGUGAUUGUCAUAUUUUAUGCACAGAAAAUCCAUCAGAAUAUUGUGGUGGUAGAAAUGCAUUUAGUAUUUACAAAACAAUAUUUUCAGAUCCUCCGGGGAAAGUGAAUGUGAAUCAUAUUGGAUGCUUUAGAAAUUAUAAAAGACAUCCAACAGUAAAUGGUUGGGGAAUAACGUCUUCUAACCUUACUCCUAAUCAUUGUGUGCACAGUUGCUAUGCGAGAAGAUUUCCGUAUGCGGCACUCAUAUCUUCGAGAGAAUGUUUAUGCAGUUUUACUAAACCUUCGACAGAAGGCAAGAUUGAGGAUAAUAUGUGUAAUACUGCUUGUUCUGGUUCAUCUCAACAAACAUGUGGUGGUCAAAAUGCAAUAGACAUAUUCAACACUGGAUUAGAAUGGCGAACGCAUACGGUUGGAAACUAUUAUUUAGGUUGUUUUGAGGAAAGUCAAAAUAAGAGGAUAUUUCAUGGGUUCUCGCGGCCUUAUGAUGUGAAUACCCCAGAAUUUUGUUCAAACCUUUGUUACAAACUUGGGUUUGCUUAUUCGGGCGUAACAUAUAAACAUGAAUGUUUUUGUGGAGACCAACCUCCAAGCCAACCUAGGUUUUCUAAAGUAGAUGACAAACAAUGCAAUACUAAGUGUGCGGGUGAUGCUAAUCAAUUUUGUGGAGGCGGCUGGAGAAUGGGCGUAUUUUCUACUGGAUUAAUUGAUUUUGAAUUCCAAGAUCAAAAUGAUAUUGGUUGUUUUGUGCAAGAAGACAUUCCAUUAUAUUACAGAAAAUUUGAACUUAUCAACACUAAUGCACCUGGUAAAUGUUCAACAAUUUGUCAUAACGACGGAUAUACAUUUUCAGGAGUUAUGGGAAUCAAUUGCUUCUGUAGUGACCGGAAACCAGAAGAUGAUCAGAAAGUAGAUAAUACUUAUUGUGAUAUAGCCUGUGUUGGCGAUUCUAGUAAAACGUGUGGUGGUGAAGAUAGAAUACAUAUAUACGAUCUCUCAAAAAAAUUUAUAGAACCUAUUAUAGUUCCUGAUAAACUACUAAGUCUUGAAGACUCUUUCGAACAACUAAACUUAAAUUCAACUUGGAGUCAUGAUGUUUUUAUUGCACAAGAACCAGAUUAUGAAUUCGUUGUUUACAACAGUUCUAAACAAAACUCAUUCGUGGAUAAUGGAGAGCUAGUAAUAAGACCAACAGUGCAAUCCGAUAGUUUUAUCAAGAAUGGUGAAUUGUUAUUGAACGGUUGUACAAAAAGUAUAGGAUCUAUUAGCUGUGAGAUGAAUGCUGUGUCUUUUAAUAUAUUGCCACCUGUAGUUUCAGCGAGACUUACCACAAAAAAAAAUUUAUUAUUUCAUUUUGGACAAGUGGAAGUUAUUGCUAAAUUACCAAUAGGAGAUUGGAUUGUUUCAGAAAUAGCUUUGGUUAGUGUAAAUAAUGAGUUAAACAAAUUGGUAUUAGCCAAAACAGUUGGAAAUACCGAUUUGAAAUGUAACGGAAGCGAUGAAGGUGCAAACUUCUUAAGAUAUGGAUUGGAAAUUGAUCAACUAUAUUAUAUCGAAUCGAAAGUGAUGAAGUUAAAAUCGGAAAAUGGUUGGCACAAUGACUAUCAUACAUUCAAACUGUCUUGGUCUUCCGAUAAUAUGAUAUUUGAAAUAGACGGCGAGGGUCACCGUAUGGCUACGACGAAUUUACCAACUAAUACCAUAUUUGAAUCCGAGUUUUUCUUGUCUAUUGGUGUGUCAGUUGGUGGUAUGAAGAAUUUCCAGGAAGGGUGUUUAAGUAAUGGCCAUUUAAAACCAUGGACAAACCUUGAUAAUAAGGCUAUGUUAAAUUUCUGGAAGGACAGGAAUCACUGGUUACCAACAUGGAGUGACGACAAAUCAGCAUUACGAGUUAAACAAGUUAAGAUUACAUUAUCAGAAAGUUAAUGUUAUAACUAUAUCAAUUCAUUUUAAAUAAGUUAUACAAUGACAUAGUCAACAAUAUUAUGUUUUGCUUACAUAAAAAAUUUAAUAAAACACAAUAUAUGGAAUAUUAUAUUUCAA